CCGCGAACCGCGUGCGCGCUCGGCACAUUUUGUACACAAGACUCGGCACUCGGCACAUUGAAGGUCGCAACUCGCAACGUCUACGGAUCCUGCCUUAGCGAUAAAUUUUCGUCUACCUAUCUCUUCUCGAUAUAAAUUUAUUCAACCAAAUUUUCAUGUAAAAGUGGACAUCGGUAGUGAAACUGACCUGACAUUAUCGUUUUUCUAAAAACUUUCGAUAAAUACCCUCGUUCGCUCAGUUUUCAUUUUUUUUUUAAAUAAAACUCUUAUCUGGAAAAACAGUGAAAAGAAAAAUUGUGUACGUUUCUAAUUGGCAGUGGUUUCUAUUUUACUUUGGUUAGAGAAAUUAAAUGGCUGAAUCGUGGCAGGCUCCUCCUAAGCAGGGCCUGUACGACCCGCAGUUCGAAAGAGAAGCGUGUGGUGUCGGCUUCAUAGCUGCUAUUGAUGGCAAACGUCAACAUAAGAUCAUCCUUGAUGCCCACAGAUUGGCCAUAUCUAUGAACCAUCGCGGCGCAUGCGCUUGUGACAAUGAUACAGGAGAUGGAGCAGGUGUACUUACUGCUAUUCCACACGAUUUCUACUAUGCUAAACUUAAGGAUGAACAAAAUAUUCAACUACCGUCUUUUGGCCAGUAUGCUACUGGUAUAUUUUUCCUGGACAAGUUGCACCAUCAGGAAUCUGAGAAGAGAUUUGGAGAGCUGGCAGAGGAACUGGAUGUGUCUGUGUUGGCUUGGCGUACCGUACCAACCAACAAUUCCUCCAUAGGCGCUGUAGCCAAAAAUUCUGAACCAUUCAUGAGGCAGGUAUUUGUUACAUUGAAAAAUCCAGCGGACGAAAUGACGCAAGAUAGAACAUACUUCAUUUUGCGUAAAAGAGCAAGCCAUUUAAUUCCAGCUCCAGGAAAACGAUUUUACAUUUGUUCAAUGAGUCGCCGAACAGUCGUUUAUAAAGGUCAAUUGACAUCUGACCAAUUAUGGGUUUACUUCCCUGAUUUAUUGGACCCAAUGUAUGAUACUUAUUUAGCUUUGGUGCACACCAGGUUCUCUACAAACACUUUUCCCAGUUGGGAAAGAGCCCAUCCUUUAAGAAUGCUUGCUCAUAACGGAGAAAUCAACACAUUAAGAGGAAAUGUUAACCUGAUGAAAGCCAGAGAAGGUGUGAUGAAAAAUGAAGAUUUAGGCGAUAAACUAAAAACGUUGUAUCCAGUGGUUGAACCAAAUCUGUCUGAUUCAGGAUCGGCCGAUUGUGUACUGGAAUUUUUAGUACACGCUGGAAAUAGAACAUUACCUGAGGCUGUAAUGACGAUGGUACCAGAAGCUUGGCAGAACGAUCCUACGAUGCCAGAGGACAAACGCGACUACUACCAUUGGGCGGCUUGUACAAUGGAGCCUUGGGAUGGACCAGCGUUGAUAUCCUUCACUGAUGGUAGACUUAUAGGUGCCAUUUUGGACCGUAACGGACUUAGACCUUCUAGAUUCUAUGUUACUAAAGAUAAUAUUCUUAUUAUGGCGAGCGAGGUUGGUGUAUAUGACGUAGAUCCCUCCCAAGUUAUACUGAAGAGUCGUUUGAAACCAGGAAGAAUGUUACUGGUAGAUACUCAAGAAAAAACUGUCAUUCAAGAUGUAACGCUGAAGCAAGAUAUUGCAAAAUCUAGACCUCACUCAGUAUGGCUAAAAGAACAGAUUUCCAUGGAGGAACUUAGAAAGGCUCAUUUAGAGGCUGGCGGAACUACCAAACCUAAAUACGAAACCAGUGGUUUAGGAGACAAGAGAUUACCAUUGUAUGGAUAUUCAAUUGAGACUGUACAUAUGUUGCUUUUACCAAUGAUCAACAACAAAAAAGAGGCACUCGGCAGUAUGGGAAACGACGUACCUCUUGCUUGUCUAUCUAAUUUUUCACCGCUGCUUUAUGAAUAUUUCAAACAGCUAUUCGCUCAAGUUACCAACCCACCGAUUGAUCCCUUCAGAGAAAAGAAUGUCAUGUCUCUACAAUGCCCCAUUGGACCCGAGGAUAAUAUAUUGCAGCCCAGCGCAAAACAGGUGCACAGACUAUGGUUGAGAAAUCCAAUCAUUUCCAUCUCAGAUUUGGAAGUUUUAAAACAAACUACUCACAGAAACUGGAGCGCACACGUUAUAGAUACUACUUUACCUGUGGACGAGGGCGUACCAGGGUUUUUGAAAAAAUUACAGAGCAUUUGCGAAGAAGCUAAUGAAGCUUCCAAAAAACAUGAAAUAAUAGUUUUGUCUGAUAGGCGAGGCGGUAAAGAUAGAGUUCCUAUUAGUAGUUUACUGGUUUUAGGCGCUACCCAUCACUACAUGAUCGAGUCGCGUUCCCGAAUGAAAGUAGCCUUAGUAGUAGAAACGGCCGAAGCUAGAGAAGUGCAUCAUAUUUGCGUCCUGCUCGGAUACGGCGCAGAUGCUAUUUGCCCAUAUCUAGCCUUAGAAUUGGCUUCUAGCCUUCGCGACCAAGGCAUCCUCGACACCAAUUUAACUGACGAAAUAAUUUUCCAAAACUACGCCCAAGCGAUGUCUACUGGCAUCAGCAAAGUUAUGGCAAAAAUGGGAAUAUCGACAUUACAGUCCUAUAAAGGCGCGCAAAUUUUUGAAGCCGUUGGACUGGCUGAAGAUGUGGUAGAUAAAGCUUUUAAAGGCACUCCUUCGAGAUUGGGAGGCGUUAAUUUAGAGUUACUUGCAGCUGAAGCGUUCGAGAGACAUCAAAAUGCUUACAAAGUUAGUCCUGAUGCUCUAAUUAUCAGAGAUGCUGGAAAUUAUCAUUGGAGAGCUGGUGGAGAAAAGCAUUUGAACGAACCUGCCAGUAUUGCUGCCCUCCAGGAAGCUGCUGUUAACAAGAAUAAAACUGCUUAUGAUAAAUUCAGGGAAUCCAACAUGGAGUCGGUAAGGAAUUGUAUGUUACGAGGACGAUUGACUUUAAGAACCUUAGACCAACCUUUAUCAUUGGAUGAAGUAGAACCCGCCUCCGAAAUUGUAAAAAGAUUCGCAACGGGAGCCAUGAGUUUCGGCUCAAUUAGUCUGGAAUCGCAUCAGACUCUCGCCGUAGCCAUGAACAAAGUUGGUGGGAAAAGUAACACUGGAGAAGGUGGAGAAGAUGCUGAUAGAUAUUUGGACAAAGAGAAAAGAUCGGCUAUCAAGCAAGUAGCCUCUGGUCGCUUCGGUGUCACUUCAUCAUACUUGGCACAUGCCGAUGAUUUGCAAAUCAAGAUGGCUCAAGGGGCGAAACCGGGAGAAGGAGGCGAACUGCCUGGUUAUAAAGUAUCUAAAGAAAUCGCCAAAACCAGACAUUCAGUACCAGGUGUAGGUCUAAUAUCACCACCUCCUCAUCACGACAUCUACUCCAUCGAAGAUUUAGCGGAACUUAUCUACGAUUUAAAGUGCGCUAACCCCGUCGCGCGUAUUUCAGUUAAACUCGUUUCGGAAGUAGGCGUAGGAGUUGUGGCCUCCGGUGUUGCUAAAGGCAAAGCCGAACACAUCGUAGUAUCUGGUCAUGAUGGUGGUACUGGAGCCAGUUCUUGGACCGGAAUCAAGAGCGCCGGGCUGCCAUGGGAGCUGGGUGUCGCCGAGACUCAUCAAGUUCUGGUACUGAACGAUUUGAGGUCCAGAAUUGUCCUUCAGGCUGACGGAAACAUAAGAACUGGAUUCGAUGUAGUAGUUGCAGCUUUGCUCGGUGCCGAUGAGAUUGGAUUCAGUACUGCUCCUCUAAUAGUUAUGGGUUGUACUAUGAUGAGAAAGUGUCAUUUAAAUACUUGUCCCGUUGGAAUUGCCACCCAGGACCCUGUGCUAAGAAAGAAGUUCACCGGCCAACCAGAACACGUCGUCAACUAUCUAUUUAUGCUUGCCGAAGAAGUAAGAGAGCACAUGGCUAACCUUGGAGUACGUACUUAUCAAGAACUAGUAGGUCGUACAGAUUUACUCAAGGAAUUAGAAACCGGUAGCAGAAAAGCUAAGUCGCUUAAUUUGAAUCUUAUACUACAAAAUGCUCUUCACAUGAGACCUGGAGUUAAUAUUAAAGGAGGAUCCAUAUCUCCUGAUUUCCAACUUGAACUAAGGUUGGAUAAUGUGGUGUUAGAAAAAGCUAAGCCAGUUAUCGAUGGUGUCCAAAAGUCAGUUGACAUUGAUUUGAAAAUUCACAAUGAAGCUAGAGCCUUUGGUUCCACUUUGAGCUACCAUAUAUCGUGUAAAUACAAUGAAGAAGGAUUACCUGAUGGCAGCCAAAUCAACAUCAAGCUCGCCGGAUCUGCUGGUCAAAGUUUCUGUGCCUUUUUAGCUAAAGGUGUCAAUGUAACAUUAGAAGGAGAUGCCAACGACUAUGUAGGGAAAGGUCUCUCCGGCGGUAACAUCGUAAUCUACCCUCCAAAAACUUCUCCAUUCGAAUCUCACCUAAACGUCAUUGUUGGGAAUGUGUGCUUAUACGGAGCGACAUCUGGUAAAGCUUUUAUGAGAGGUAUCGCUUCAGAACGUUUUGCUGUUAGAAAUUCUGGAGCUAUUGCUGUAGUAGAAGGAGUUGGUGACCAUGGUUGUGAAUAUAUGACUGGUGGAAUAGUAGUGAUUUUAGGUCUCACUGGUAGAAAUUUUGCUGCUGGGAUGUCGGGUGGUAUCGCUUACGUAUGGGACAUCGACGGAAAGUUCUCCAUGAAAUGCAACAUGGAAAUGGUAGAACUUUGUAAAUUAGAAGACAAAGAAGACGUGGAGCUAGUUAAAUCUUUGCUAAAAGAAUUCCAGGAGCUCACUGGAAGUCUAGUUGCCGAAACGCUCUUAAAUGAGUUCGACACUCGUAGACGAGAAUUCGUAAAAGUAUUUCCAUACGAAUAUCAAAGAGCACUUAAACAACAAAAAGUUCCCGAAACACCAGUCGUUCAAAACCAACCUGCUGAACCGACGAUUCAGGACAUCGAGGAUACUGUUGGAGAUGCCACUCAAGAAAUCAAAAAGGCUGAAAGGGCUCUAGAUAAGACAAGAGGUUUUAUGAAAUAUCAGAGAGAAAUGGCCCCAUAUCGUCCAGCAGAUAAACGAAUGAAGGACUGGGAUGAAAUUUACAAUUUCCCUCACGUACGCAAAGGUUUGCGAGUUCAAGCAGCGAGAUGUAUGGAGUGCGGUGUUCCAUUCUGUCAAUCCAACUCGCACGGUUGUCCGUUGGGUAACAUAAUACCAAAGUGGAACCUGCUGAUUUUCCAAAACCAAUGGAGGCAAGCAUUAUAUCAUCUUUUGCAGACCAACAACUUUCCAGAAUUCACUGGAAGGGUUUGCCCGGCACCGUGCGAAGCCGCAUGCGUAUUAGGCAUCUCCGAACCGAGUGUAACAAUAAAAAACAUCGAAUGUGCCAUCAUCGACCACGCAUUUGAAAACGGUUGGAUUGUUCCACAAAUACCCGAUAAACGUACGGGCAAACGAGUCGCCGUAGUCGGGUCAGGUCCGGCUGGAUUGGCGUGUGCGAACCAGUUAAACAAAGCCGGCCAUCUCGUAACCGUUUUCGAAAGAAACGACAGGAUUGGAGGACUACUUCAGUAUGGAAUUCCCACGAUGAAGCUGAGCAAACAAGUCGUACAAAGGAGGGUCGAUCUGUUAGCAGCCGAGGGAAUCGAUUUUAAGACGAACGUUAACGUAGGAAAAGAUAUUUCUGCAAAAGAGUUAAGUGACGAAUACGACGCUGUUGUACUUACGACUGGGGCUACGUGGCCCAGAGAUAUACCACUGCCAGGCCGCCAACUUAAUGGCAUCCACUUCGCUAUGGAGUUUUUGGAGGGUUGGCAAAAGAAGCAGUUGGGGGCUAAUUUGGAGGGCCCUUAUGCCAAAGAUAAAAAUGUGAUAAUAAUAGGCGGCGGUGAUACAGGCUGUGAUUGCAUAGCAACUUCUCUGAGACAAGGUGCUGCUUCAAUAACCACUUUCGAAAUUUUACCAGAACCUGGACCAAAAAGACCAAACGACAAUCCAUGGCCGCAAUGGCCUCGAGUAUUUAGGGUCGAUUAUGGACACGAUGAGGUUAAAGUGCGCUUUGGUUCCGAUCCAAGGGUAUUCAGUAUCAUGACUCAAGAAUUCUUAGAUGAUGGCAAAGGGCAUGUCAGCGGUGUUAAAACCGUCAAUGUUGAAUGGGUCAAAGACGACACCGGCCGUUGGGUGAUGAAUCAAGUACCGGGUACCGAAAAAGUCUUCAAAGCUGAUUUAGUUCUACUCGCUAUGGGUUUCUUGGGUCCAGAAAGGGCUAUCGGAGAUCAGCUGGAACUUACAUUGGAUCCUAGAUCGAACUUUAGUACAAAGGAUUAUAAAACCAAUGUAGAAAACGUAUUUGCUGCAGGAGAUUGUCGAAGAGGACAGUCACUUGUAGUUUGGGCGAUUUCCGAAGGUAGACAAGCAGCUAGAGCCGUAGACGAGUUUCUUAUUAAGGAGAGAUCGCUUCUGCCGGGUCCAGGUGGUAUUAUUCAACCAUCCUUCCAGUCAGUACCUUGUCCAGUUUAAAUUCAUAUUGAAUUUAAAUGUAGAUGUUUUUAAAUGUUUUAAUUUUGUAUUGUAUUUUGAAAUCCAAAUAUUUCAAAAGUAUUUUAAUACUAAUUUGGAUUCUACACAAAAGAUUAACAUUCUUUUAUUAUUGCAUAUUCAGUUUCCAGGUAUGUCGCUGAAAACGUGACAUUAUUGUAAUUAGCAAUUUUACAGAUGUUUCAUUUGAAACUUUUUUAAAUUAUGUAAAAACGUUAAAGUUUCGUUAAUUUUAAGCACAUAUUAAGUUUAUUUUGUCCCAAUACCAAAAAUAAAUGUAUAUUUAUUUUAUUGAUUAAAUAAUAUGCGUAUAUUAAAAAUAAUAGUGUAAAAAAUACAUUUUUAUUUAUUUUUAUAUAAUUUUUUACGUGAUAAACCUGGAUUCAUUACUCAACUUGUUUUUAAUUAUAAAUGUAAGAAAACUAUAAAAAAUCAUCGUUUUAAUAUCUUGAAUUUAAAUAUAUACUGGAAAAUUUAAUAAAUAUGAAUGUAAAAAUACUGAAAAAAAUAUUAAUUUAGCUAAGAGGAUUUAUACCUUUCUCCGUCCAAACAAUUGACAUAUUUCAGAAAUGUUUCUGUGAUAAAAAUAAAAAGUUAGGAGAAUAAGAUUUUUACAAAUGUUUUUAAGUGUGUAAAAUUUUCUUUAAAUCCUUUGAACUCUCAUUCUAUGUCACUUAUCUUUGGGUUUUCAUUCAUUUUUCAAAAAAUGACUAGAGAAAGGUAUGUGCUCUCUUAAAGUAAUUAAUAUUUUAUUACAAUAUUAAAAAAUGAUUAUUUAACUUAAUUUUUAUUAAAUAAAAAAUAAUACAAAUCUAUUUAAUAUCAUUGUAUUAAUUAUUAUAUUGUUCUUAAAAAGCAUAAAAACAUAAUAGCCUUAGUUACAAAAGACAAUAACUUUUCAAAAUGUGAUUAUGUAGAUUCGUGUAUACCUAGUAGCAUAAUAAUUAUUGCUAUCUUUUAUUUCUAGCUAUGAAAAGUCAGCAACAAUAAAAAUAUAGAGAUAUAAAACGAAUCGUUUAUAAAACAUAUCGACAAUUUCUCACAUUUGAACUACAGUCUGUUCGCUAUACUUACGCGGGCUUCGGAUUAAAAAUUUUAUGAGUAUUUUCAGGCAAGUACCCGAAAGUUUGACCUGCUCUUUGGGGAAAUAUCAACUGUUUAAAUGAAAUGAAGAUAAUGUACAACUUUUUAAUUAAAUAAUAAUGGAGAAUGUUUUGUAUAAUUGAGAGCAGAAUUAAACCUUCACACAGAAAAUAUGGUCUAUGUAUAUUAAGAGGGUUAUUUAGCUCAAAUAAAAUAUUUUCUAACAUACACAUUUGUUCCAUGUAGAGAAUUUCAAAUGAAAAAUAAAAAAAUUGAACUUGCCAACAAGAAUGAAAAUCAGUCAUAAUCGUCACUGUCAUCACCAUUGUUAUUAUGAUUGGACUUAUUUCGUUAUUUUAUCUUCACAAGUCCAACAAUCUUCUAUUAGUUUCUCGCACUUGGAUAUACAGUUCCGCCACACUUCUAGAGUUGCAAUUGAAAGUGCUUUUCGCCAAGUUUGCCGAACUGCGUCGUCACUAUAACCAUUAGGCCCAAUAUGGUUAUCAUAAUAUUGUUUUGCUAUUCCCCAUAUAUUAAUGGGAUUAAACUGGCAAUGAUACGGUGGCAGACGUAAAACUUGAUGACUGUAACUUUCAAUAAUCUGAUCCACAACAAAGGUUUUUGGUUUUGCGUG